GCCGUCGCACUCAUCUUCUUUUGACGAUUGGCUGAGGGAAGCCGGUAGCGGAAGAGGAGAAACCGGGGGGUGGGGCCUGAGACUUGCUGUGCAGGUGGGAGUAGGGAGCAGCCGUGGUGCCGGCGCGCGGGAGUGCAGAGGCGGAGUUGGAGCGCGCGCUUCGGCGCUAACCGUUGGGGCGGGCGGCGCGCGCUGGGGCUGUAACCGUCGUGUGGGAGGAAGGGGGUGAUGGGCUGUGGGUCUGCCGGCCGCCUCCUCCUCCUCUGCCCCUGUGACCCCAGCAGCCUCCGGCCCGCCUUUCUUCCGCGGCGCUGCCGGCCCCUGCUCCGCUCCGCGGCCCACCAAGCAGGUGGCUUCCCUGUCUGGUCGUGACGGCCCCGUCACGGGCUGCUGGAGGCGUGGGGCCGCCUCGGUGAGGCAGCCGCUCCCCGCGUUUCGUGCCCCCGGCUCGUGUUCGGCUUGCAGGUGACGAAUGCUGAAACGGCCGGUGCAAAUAUAUCUCUGUGCUGUCGGUUUGGCUUUCCCCCCACUCCUCUCUUAGUAAGGGUUUGUUUUUUUUUUUUUUUAAGGUGGCUUCUCGCGGUUUUAUGGCUGGAUGGGUGAUAUUUACUGCUAAGAUGAUACACUAUGCUUGUGCAAUUAUUGUUGGUUUUAUUCCCUAAUUUUAAGAGUUCUUUGAUAAUGCUCUAUUAAUGUCACUCACUACUUAGAGUUGGGGCUGAACAGCUUUAAUUUGGAGGCUGAAUAGAAGGAGGGGUAAGAAAGCUUCCAGUGCUGGAACACUGAUUUAAAUCUGUGCAGGGUGGAAAGCAAUGCUGGUUACUAACCUGUCUGGUUUAGGCAUGGCCAGCAUGUAUGUGCUUAGAGGCCUCUUUUUCCCCACUAGUGGACUAUUUAGAAAAGACUGUCAUGUGAUGAAUUCGUAGGAAUUUAGCUGGUUUUACAGGGGGGUAAAGCUGCCUGAUGGGCAAGAUGCUUGUACUUGCCUUUUGUCCACUCUGGUUUGUAAGAUUUGAGUUUGUCAGUAUUCAGAUUCUUAGGAGCUGUGUCUUUGAGGAAUCAAAUGAUAAUUGGAGGUCUUUGUUGGCAGUGGUGGUAUAGAAUCAAUUAUAUCUUAUGCUGAGCUACUUCUUUUAGAGACAGGAGCACUCGUGGAGCUUUAGCAGCAUAUAGGGAUACUUUCAUAGGUAAUUUUCAUUCUCUUCCCACUCCUUGGAUAAGAAAAUAGCUUAUGUUUCCUAACCUAUCAGCCUAGCGAUAUUUGCAAGGAUUGUGUUUACGGGGGCAGUAGAAGUAGCGUAUUGCAUUUACAGUGUGUCUGUGCCAUAGCUACUGUUUUUUCUGGAUGUCCUUAGUUGCUGUGUACUUUGGGGAGACUAAUAUUUACAAAUACUUUUGUGCAAGUGGCAGGUGGUAUAGAGGCAGAACUGUGUAACUUGGAUUAUGUGGGUGACCUGGACGCUGCUGAGUUAUCUUAUACAAUAAUCAACUUCUUUCUGAAGUGUGGGCCUUUAACUUAUUUUUAAUUAUAACCUCUUCUGGCAAAGUCAGUGUUUUGUUCACAUAUUCUUUUAUAUAUAUAUAUAUUUAUUUAUUUCCCCCCAUUUAUAGGAACGUAGUAAAAUAUUUGUUAUGUUAGGAUCAUCUUAUAGUGAGGGUCUGCUGAAUUUGUUCCCUUUCACCUUCCCUCAGAUUUGGCUCCCAUGUAUAUAGUAAGUGGUUCAGAAUUCAACGAGGAUGAGAGAAUAGCAUGUUUCUUUAGUUUUGUUUUAUUAGCGUAUAAUACAACAAAGAAUGUUGUUGAAAAAAUUACCCAAUAACUAGAAUUCUAAGUUCAUCUCACUGCUGAUGUAGUCAAAACCAGUUGCCCUUCUCUGAACCACACUACUUUUCUACUUCCUUCUAGAAGAUCCUCUAAGUGUUAUGGUGGCUACUUCUCUAAGGGACACAAUAUAAUUUGUUCAGACUUUUCUAUAAAAUAGUCUUUGAAGAGAUAAAAAGAAAGUCAAAGGUAGUGACAGUUGCUUGGUUAAAUAAGGUCUCCUAAGGAUAACAUUCUCUAAUCGCCAAAGAUGGCAGCUGUUGCAGUGCUAGAGGAGGUACUGGCUUCUAUUGAAAAUGAGCUGCAGGCAGUGGAGAUGCAGAUUCAGGAGCUUGUGGAUAAACAGCAGGAACUGCUUCAAAAGAAGAUGAGAGUAAAGAAUCUGAUAAAGCAGUCCUCGGGAGACUUGGAGGCAGGUGGAAGUAAAGACAUCGAAACCUCAGCUGAGGCAUGGAACAAAAGAGAUUUUCCGUGGUAUGAGAAGAUAAAAACUGCACUGCAGAGCAAGUUUAAACUACAGAAGUUUAGGUCCUUGCAACUUGAAACAGUAAAUGCUGCAAUGGCAGGAAAGGAUAUAUUUCUUGUCAUGCCUACAGGUGGUGGAAAGAGCCUUUGCUAUCAAUUACCAGCUGUCUGUUCUGAUGGUUUCACACUUGUGAUAUGUCCUUUGAUAUCACUUAUGGAAGAUCAGCUCAUGGUUUUGGAACAGCUUGGUAUUUCUGCAACUUUAUUGAAUGCCUCAAGCAGUAAGGAACAUGUGAAGUGGGUUCAUACUGAAAUGCUAGACAGAAAUUCGCAACUGAAGCUCAUUUAUGUGACCCCGGAGAAGAUUGCGAAAAGCAAAAUGUUCAUGUCAAAGCUAGAGAAAGCUUAUCAAGCAGGGUGUCUUGCUCGCAUUGCUGUAGAUGAGGUCCAUUGCUGUAGUCAAUGGGGCCAUGACUUCAGGCCUGACUACAAGUCUCUUGGUAUCUUGAAAAGACAGUUUCCCAAUGCUCCCUUGAUUGGAUUGACAGCAACUGCUACAAAUCAUGUUUUAAAGGACGCUCAGAAAAUUUUGCAUGUUCAGAAGUGUAUUACCUUUACUGCGUCUUUUAACCGGCCCAAUCUUUACUAUGAGGUUCGACAUAAGCCUUCAAAUAAUGAAGAUUUCAUUGAGGACAUAGUUAAGAUCAUUAAUGGAAGAUACAAAGGACUUUCAGGAAUCGUUUACUGUUUUUCUCAGAAGGAUUCUGAGCAAGUUACUGUGAGUUUGCAGAAACUGGGAAUCAAGGCAGGGACUUACCAUGCAAACAUGGAUGCUAAAUACAAGACCAAAGUUCAUAAAGGAUGGGCAGCAAAUCAAAUCCAGGUCGUAGUGGCAACUGUUGCUUUUGGUAUGGGAAUUGAUAAACCUGAUGUGAGGUUUGUAAUUCAUCAUUCUAUGAGCAAAUCCAUGGAGAACUACUACCAAGAGAGUGGACGUGCAGGCAGAGAUGACCAAAAAGCUGACUGCAUUUUGUAUUACGGUUUUGGAGAUAUAUUUAGAAUCAGCUCAAUGGUAGUGAUGGAAAACGUAGGGCAAGAGAAGCUGUAUGAUAUGGUGUCUUACUGCCAGAAUAUGAACAAGUGUCGCCGGGUGCUCAUAGCCCAUCAUUUUGAUGAAGUAUGGGAUUCUGCAAACUGCAACAGAAUGUGUGAUAACUGCUGUAGAGACAACUCAUGUGAGAAAAUGGAUGUAACAGGAUACUGCAGGGAUCUAAUCAAGAUACUUGAGCAAGCUGAAAGCAUGAGUGAGAAACUCACCCCACUGAAAUUAAUCGAUGCGUGGUCUGGAAAAGGUGUAUCAAAAUUCAGGGUGGCUGAGGUCACUCCACCAAAGCACCCUCGAGAGGAACUGGAGAAAAUUGUUGCCCAUUUACUGCUGCAGCAGUAUCUGAAGGAAGACUUCAGCUUCACGGCAUUUGCUACAAUAUCUUACCUGAAGAUAGGACCAAAAGCAGGUCUGCUGAGAAAUGAGGCACACAUCAUAACUAUAGAAGGGAUAACAAACAAGAAAAGUGUUUACAAGGACAAACCAUCUCAAUCUUUGAAUUCGAAAGAAAGCAGUGAAAAAGCUCAGACUAUUUCGAAGACUGUCCAAGAUUCAGUUGUGAAGAAGUCACAGAAACAUAAACGGCUGAACUGUGGUUCUAACUUAAAAGCAAAGAAGCCUAAGCUUCAGGCAGGUGGAGAUGACCAACCUGUAGUUCUUGACUGAGUUUCACAGACUUCAUUUAGGAUCUAAUCAUGUUUGCUUCUCCACGGACAAUGCAGUGUGUAAGUUCAGUUUGUGUUUUAGUAAUGGUAUUUUUUGUGCAUUUUUUUAAAUAAAAAACAGGGAAACAAGUAUCUUUAAAACCCUCAAAUCUAGAAAAAGUCUAGUAGUUAAGGGAGAAAUGCUUCAUAUCAAAAUAAUUGGUGUGUAUCUUAUGAUACAGCAAUGACUACAAAAUGUAAAUAAUUACCGUGUUGCCUUUUAAAUUCUUUUGGAAGUGUAGUGUAUAGUAACACUAUCACAGAACCACGCAGGCUAGAAGGGGCUUCCAGAGAUCAGCUAGUCCAACCUCCUGCUCAAAGCAGGUCCAGUUGGAACAGGAUGCUCGGGGCCAUGUCCAGUUAACUGUCCCCAAGGAUGGAGAUUCCACAACCCCUUCCAGCACCUGUUCCAAUGUUUGACCACCUUCAUGACCAAAAAAAGAAAUAAGGACAUUUCUUAGAUCUAAUUGUUAUUUCCUGUGUUGCAGUUUGUCUAUUGCCUCUUGUCCUCCCCCGUGCUCUUCUGAGAAGUCUGGCCCCAUUGCUGCUGUGCUCUUCCAUUAGGUAGCUGAAGACAACAGCCAGAUCACAACAGUCACUCCCCCUCCCCCCCAGCUUUCUUUUUUUUUUUAAUCUGGAAGAAAUCCAGUUCUCUGUUUCUGCUCUCUGAGCACCUAGGCAGCUUGGUAGCCCUCGGCUAGACUCAAUCCAAUCUAUCAGUAUGUUUCUUGUACUGGGAAGUGCAGAACUUAACCCAGCACUCUAGCUGUAAUUUCAUCUACUCUGCUUUCCUUGGUUCUCUGUUAAGUUUAAAAUCCUGAAUCACACGGCCACUGAGCAACAUAUGGGACCCGGGCACCUAGUAAGAAACAAACUUGUCGAUGUCUGCAAGUCAGGUUGGCGAUGAGGGCCUCUGUCCCCCGCAGGAGGGAUUCUCUGGUAACUCUCAUCUUCCUUUUUUCUUCAUUGUGUGAACACUUGGCUCAGGUUCAGCUGGCAUUGAUGCAUUCCUUGGUGGAGUUCAUCCUCUUUCUCAGGGCACUGGUACCUGCUCUGCCACAGCAGAACUGCAGGCAGAAAAGGAAAGCUUUUGUGUUGUUGGAAGCCAGGGUUUUCCAGCCUUCCCUCCCGUGGGAGUCUGCAUCCACUGCUCCUGCGAGGGUAGUCUCAAGGUUUUCCCUCCUCUGCAGCACAGGGCUUGGGUGGUCCUUAGUUCUGCAGAGUCCCUGUGAAGACUCUGUCACCUCCUGUUCCUCCUCCUGGCUGCUGCGCAGGCUGCUCCCCUCCUCCUGCAGCUCCUUCACCCAGAAACUUGGCACUGCAACUACAGCACAGCUCCCAAGGAGAGACGUUGGACAUCUGGAGGCCUGGGCUGCUGCAGCACCUUUCCUCUGGAGCCGUGUGUGGGUCAGAGCCUCCACUGUGCCAGGGGUGGUUGUUCCAGCAUUGCACUACUUCUGACUUGUAGGGAUUUUUGGUGAAAUAUUAUAUGUAUUUAUGCUUUUAAAAUAUGUCUGUUGCUCUUGGAACUGGAUUUCUCUAGCUUGUUGUUCAAAUAGAAAAUCACCUCUGCUUUUCAGAAGUACCUAUGUUUAUACUUAAGACAACUUUUCUUGAUCUCAGCUGUUCCCUUUGUGAAAGUUAUACUUUAUAUGGGAAAUACAGAAAAAAGGCCACUUAAGAAAUACUUCUGUCUUUCCCCUCCUUCCACUGUUGAGUUGGCUUAUUUCAACUACAGAUCUGUAUUCUAAUUAGAAGUUAACUUGGUUGUCCUAAGAAAUACUCCCCUGCUCUGUAAGCACUAGAACAUGACUGUCUUUGAAAGUUGCAUACUUUAAGCCCCAGCUGUGGGCUAUGUGAAACUUAAUCUGGGGGAAGUUUCUGAAUUCUAGUCCCUUAACUCUGCUACUCCACCUGUCCAUUUCCUUAUGUUCCUGUUGUUUAUGGCAAUGGAAAAGAGAAAGCAACUAUUGGAGAGUCUCGCUGCUUGCCUAUGGCCUGAAGUAGUGUGUCUCCACCGUUUUGAAGAGCAACCUGCCUCUUUUGGCUCACCCAUGAGUCCUUUCACAUAAUGUCUUCGUUCUGUCAAGGUAAGAGAGGCCCAGUGCUUAUUGCUGCAAAUGUUCUUGCAUUUUACCUCAUCCCACAAAGCUGAGUGGCUGAUGGCAAUUAAAUACCUGUCUGGGUGAGCACUGGAUGUGUUUCUCUGUAAUACACAGGUUUAAUGCAAGUUCAAUCAAAACUAUGAUAGUCAAGAGUAGAAAAAUGGUAAAAAAUAUUCAUGAUUACAAGGUAAGAGUAGUAGAGGUUGUUUUGAAGAUGUUUCGCAAGUGGUGGAAAUGUGGUAAUUCAGAAAUUAUGGUAGAAUUUUAAUUUUUGAGGUUUGGAAUUAGAUUGGAUACUUUAUUUUUUUUUUCUAGAAAGGAAGAAAAAUUAAUAUUCUAAGUUGGAGCAAUGUCAGGGCCUGAGACCGAACAUGGGAAGAUCUUAGUGUACUAGGUCCACAGGGAUAGCAGACAAAAAGAACCAUGGCGCUAUUCCCUUAUUGAGUUUGGAAAACCAGGAGCUGCUCCAAUAACGCCUCAUGCUGCUGCUGCUGUGAACCUGAAGCAGUGGUGCUUUCAGUUCCAUGUGCCUUUGUCAGACAUGGGAGCAGGAAUAGCUGGGUUGAGGAAAAAGGCCUGAAGAGCCUUUUGGUUUAAGCGCUGCUUAAAAGUUAACCAUAAUCUGAGAGAAUGCGGAUGUCAUGGUUAUGCUAUUUAUUAAAAAAGAAUCUUUGAACCACAA